GAUGUUUGUAAGGCGAACAAUAGGCUCUCUCCGCUAUAUUGUUCGGAAAUGCUAUAAAUAUAUGAAAUGAUGAGUGGAACUUCAAACACUUGUAGUUCAAGUUAAUCUAGGUGCUUGUUAAACAUCUACGCACACUUAUGGAUUCAACAGGUUUCGCAGCAAUUUCUCCAGUGCACGUGGGCAGUGGUACGUAUGCCGAUGUAACGCGUCAGAAGUUGGUGGCUAGUCGUUACAAUGAGCUAUCUCGUCAGUUGCUAGUGUCACAUGGCUGCAUCAGCAAACUUUUUGAUCGCUUCCUUGAUAACAACGGCGUCAGAAAUGGAACAAUCGGUGGAAGCAAGCCGAAAGUUGCAACUCCAGAGGUUGUCGAUAAAAUUGAAGAAUACAAACAGGGAAACCCGUCCAUCUUUGCAUGGGAAAUUCGUGAUAAACUAAUGAGUGACGGCAUUUGCACAGCAUCCACAACCCCCAGUGUAAGCUCUAUAAAUCGAAUCCUUCGCAACCGAGCCGCUGAGCGUGCCGCCGCAGAAUACGCUAGGGUUACUGAACAAGCUCUACUUUCCACAUAUUCCUUCCUACCUAACAUCACUGUGCCGCGGAUUCCAUGUAAUUUUGUCAGCAGUCCAACAUUAUUCAACGGGAAGAUGACGGAGCCACAUAACCAAGUGGUAAUCCAUAGGCCAAGAGCAACAAUUUGCCCCUCAACGAUGUGCCACCAUCGUCAUCCUUACAAUAGCGGACGUGUUUUCCCAGCACCAGGUUCUCAUGACGAUGAUCACAUACAAAGAGUCUAUCUCCGUGACGGAUUGGAUGCUACCGAACCUUUAGUUGCCGAAGACAGCUCUAAGCGUAAGCUAAGAAGAAGCCGAACUACUUUCACCAAUGCACAACUUGAAAUCCUUGAGAAGGAAUUUAACAAGUCUCACUACCCUUGCGUCAACACCCGUGAAGAUGUUGCCAGCAAAACACAACUGUCGGAAGCACGAGUUCAGGUAUGGUUUUCGAACAGACGAGCAAAGUGGCGACGUCAUCAGAAAUCGAGUCCAAUUAAACAACAAUCGCAUUUUCUUUCUUCAGUACCAGCAGUCAUAAACAUUUCGUCUCCAUCUACCAUUCCAUUUCAUGAGCAGAGCAAAGAGAUUGACCAUUUGAUUAGCAAACCAUUUGUGCUUACGCCCUCUAGAGAAUCAGCAUUUUGCUCAGUUAAGUAGAGAGACGAUUAGCCAAUGUGAGCAAAAUAAAUCCUGCCGGAAAUUUUGAUUACUAAUUAUAUUGAUGUUCAGUUUUAUUGAGUUUACAUACAUUAUUAUCUGUUUGGAAUUUAGAAGAUCCGGAAGAGCGUCAGUAAAAAUAAAACGUUGGUGGAGAAUACAAUAGUGUUUACGUCAGAACUCAAAACAUUAAUGUCGUCAUCCUUGUUGUGUUCUGCUAGUUUGCACAGGUUCAAGGUUUCCUUAUCACAACCAUUGGAAAUGUAUAUACUGUAGAUAUUAUAUAGAUUUGAUAGGAUUAUGUAAAAUAAAAAGAAACAUUUUUUUUUCUCAUUUUGGCUUUUUUGGGGGAAUGGAGGUCCUAUUGUAGUACCAGUGUACUAUUUCCUAAAAAGACGGUAGGCCGCCGCCUAGAUUAUUAUCGCAAAGGUGUUUCAAUGACGUAUCUAGGAGUCUUAAAAUGGGGAGGGGUAUGAUUGGGGAGGGGAGGUCAAGUAAGGGGUGGAUAAUUAAGCGACGGUGCUACUUCGCAAAAAUAAGGUGAUUUUAACUACUUGAGCAUGAUUUUUCGCUUCGUAAAUUUUCAAUGGGUGGGGGAGGGACAGCUGUUCAGUAAUGAAUUGUUAUUUCGGGCAGUAACUGAUUUCGUUCUUAUGGCCAGAAUCUAGCAAGUUUUAGCUUGGAUCUCGAUGUAAAUAGAUUUCCCCUCUUAUUAUUGUUAUUUAUGACUAAUAAACUGUACUAAUAAUGGCAAAAUCAACGUCUUCCAAACAAAACGAUAUUGUACAAUAGGUAUAUUCGUUAAAGCAUAUCCGUUCUACAUUAGGUCUACAAUAGUCUUUUGA